AUAGAAAAUCUAUCAGAGUGGAGAAGUAUAGCUGCUGGGCAACACACAGCGACAUUUCUCGCGCGCGGACACUCAUCUGUCGCUUCGGCUGUGCACUUAGCUGCAUUUUUAGCAAACGACAAAAACAUACACAAAAGCAGUUUGCACUAAAUGAGUUUACUCAAAGCGAUAUUUAAUUUUAAUAUUUCUACCGAUGCCUUUUUCCCGAUUGUGCGCGCCAUAGCCGAAUCAGCGUCACGGGCAAAAUUCUUUCAUAAAAUGGCGUCGUCCAUGAAUAUAUUUCACCCCGGCGACAUUGCAGCCACUUUGGCCUGUUGAAAACGAAAAAAAAGUGUUAUCAGUCAAAACGUUAUCGGUGACGAAGCUCAGUUUGCCUGAGCGGAGUGGUAUGGAGAGACCGAGUAGUUGCGUGAAAGUAUUAUACCCACAUGACACACGUCAUCCCGUAGAUGAUUUAUUGUAAACGAUAAGAAAAAAGUGAAUUUUGACUACGCAAAACGUGUAGGACUUGCGUGUGUAAAGUGUUCGAAUUGAUCGACUGAUAUUGAAAAGGCAACGACAGAUAAGGAAUCAACAUGUGCGCGGCUCAAACGAAUCCGCCCGCAAGUUUCAACUACACAUGGGGUUUCGCCGAUAACUCCCGUACUGAGUCGGUGGUAGAGAUCAGCCCCAACAUCAACUACACCGUGAGUGAUGCGACGAUGCCAUACUUGCAGCUACCGGACGGUGCUAGCAUUAUUGUGCAGAAGGAUGCCAAGGGUACGAUCACGCACGCCACCAACAAGGGUGCGGUCCGGCGGAUGAUCGUGGUCAACGAUCCGUCCGCGUUACAGCAAGGCACAGCGCAGCGUAUCAUUACCACCAGUGGUACCACAGCUACCGUUACCACCGGUCAUCCGGCAGUCAAGAAACAUGAGGUUAUAAAUCAAUCUAAUUCUGCCCUAGCCAACGGAAUCCUCGAUUCUAAAACAAAAACCAUCCUGACUACGAGUGGGUCGGCUGGCGGUGCCACAGCAUUCAUGUCCCCGUUGGGUCCGAUUCAGCUAACCGCCGAAGAAUGUAAUGACAUUCUGAUGAAACGAGCGGCGGCUGCUGUGGCCGCUAACAAUCAACAUGCCAUCACGACCAACACCGAUGGCCAUCAUGCUGCUAUUGCCGUUCAAGUUCAAAAGGUUAUUCAAGGACUUGAAGACGGCGAUGAUUCACAAGCGGCAACUUCGACACAUCAACUGAAAAUCGAACCAACCCUAAGUAUUUCACCCAAGCUAGAAGCCGUUGAAAUAGAUUAUAAUGAAUACGUUCAACAAGAAUCUGACACUCCCACACCUAAUGUAGUGCCCAAGGAACGACCAUAUUCUUGUGACCAAUGCGGAAAAUCCUUUCUGCUGAAGCAUCAUCUUACAACACAUGCUCGAGUUCACACCGGCGAACGACCCCACGUGUGCGUCCACUGCGGCAAGGAUUUUGCUCACAAGCAUUGCUUGAAUACCCAUCUGUUGCUACACUCGACGGAUCGUCCUUAUCAGUGUCAGGAGUGCAAGAAGAGCUUCACGUUGAAACAUCACCUGCUGACACAUUCGCGUGUGCACAGUCGCGAGCGUCCAUUUGUGUGCCAGGAAUGUGGUAGAUCCUUCCCACUGAAACGUCAUCUGGUGACGCACAGCAAGUUCCACGCCGGUGAGCGACCCUACGUAUGUGAAGAUUGCGGUGAAAGUUUCGCCCAAAAGGAGCAUUUGGUAAUGCACUCACGUUUUCACGGCUCGGUAAAUCCGUUCGUGUGUCCCGACUGUGGGGCCACAUUCCCUCGCAAAUUCCAACUGGUGAAUCAUGGAAAACUGCACGGACGUAUCCCGCACUCGUGUACACUGUGCGGAAAGGAGUUCCUGCAGAAAAGAACACUCGCUGCGCACAUGAGAAUUCACACUGGCGAUCAACCAUUCCCGUGCAUUGCAUGUGGCGAAGGGUUCCGCACCAAAUCCGAACUGAACGCUCACAACCGUCUAACCCAUGGUGGAGUCAACCCGAACUCGUCGAACACCACAAUCAUAACCACCAAUACGGUUGUUACAAGCAACGCUCAACAGCAAGCACAGGCACAGGCCCAGGCGCAAGCACAGGCCCAAGCUCAGGCUCAGGCACAACAGCAUGCCCAACAACAGGCGGCUGCGCAAGCGCAAGCUCAACAACAGCAACAGCAUCAACAACAACAGCAACAGCACAUCGAAGUACAACAAAUUCAGCACCACCAGGGCCAACAGACAGUGCAGGAUGUUAACACUGGCAACAUUAUAACCACCAUUGCUACCGGUCAGAGCUCACCGGAAACGUCUCCGCGCCCUCAGUACGCUUGUCGUGAAUGCGGCAGUGCAUUCAAUAGCCGCGAAGCGCUCGCCCUGCAUUUACGGCUACACACUGGAGAUAAGAGUUUAAUGACAGAUUUGUGCGCCCUUACAGCUGCUAUUCCCGGUCAUCUGUUUCCUGUCAAUCAAGAAUAUUCACUAAUAGGAGGUGGAACUACCGUUGUUACCACAAAUCCUGUAAUGCAAUCGUCUCCCGUUCCAGUACAAAUUAUCACAUCCUCCGGUCAGGUGGUACAGCAAACGCUGCAGCCGCAGAGCCCCCCUCACCAGCAGAUACAGGUUCAGCAACACCAGCAGCAACAGCAAGUUCAAUCCCAUGCCAAUCAUCAGCAGCAGGUGCAGGUUGUCCAACAGCAAGCCCAGGUCCAGCAGCAGGUACAACAUCCCCAAACGGUUGUGGUGGCACAGGCAAAACCGAAGUCUCACUACUGCGGACACUGCGGCAAAGGAUUCGCCGCUAAACACGGGCUGUUAUUGCAUAACCGUCGUCAUCCGAAUGGUGGCUGUACCGUGCGGACACACGUGUGCGAAUGUGGUAAAGCAUUUUUCCAGAAGAACCAUCUCAUGCUUCACCAGCGUCAGCAUCUGGAGCAGAAUCAGCGUGGUGGCCAGAACCAAGCGCAAGCACAACAGAACCAGCCCCAACAGCAGCUGGUUGUGAUUCAACAAACUAAUCAAGAAGCAUUGGCACAACAGCAACAACAGGCAGCGCAACAGCAAGCACAACAGCAGCAGGCGGCCCAACAGCAGCAAGUUGUUCAGCAACAUCAACUACAGCAGCAACAGGCUCAGCAGCAAGCCCAACAGCAACAGCAAAACCAGGCCCAGAACAACCAGCAGCACGCGAUGCGCAACCUGGUUAUCGCUAACCAGCCUGUGCAGGUACAAUAUGUCCAGGUCCUCGAGAGCAACACUGCACAGGUCAUCAAGUACGAGAUCAUUCACGAUUCGUCGAGGCAGUCAAAUGUCGAGUGAGAAGAGGCUAUGCUCCGUAUAACCAAACCGGAUGGUACGGAGGAAAUGAAGAAAGUAUUCAUACUGAAGAAUGAGGUGGGAUGAAAUUUGCUGAACACCGCUGCAACAACCGCCGCCGCAGCUGCCUCCGCGGCCAAUUCUGGCAAUGUCGGCCCGGUGACCUCGCUGGUCGCAGUUCCAUCGGCAGCAUCAGUGGCGGUAACUGGUCAAACACCUCAGGCUAUGACCAUUACACCUACUGUAACUAGUGCCGGUGGAGGUUUUCUCAUUCAUCAUCCGUCUGGUGCCAUUAUGGCCACCCAGCAAUCCCAUACACCAGCACAGCAAUCGCAUCUGCCCAGCGGGAACAAUCAUCAGCAGCACCAUCAUCAUCAGCAACACAUACAACAGCAGCAACAUACAAAUGCAGACAGUGAAGAUAAGAGCGGUAUUAUUGUAAAUAUGGAUCAUCACCCACAGCAGCAGCAGCAGCAGCAGCAUCGGCAUCAGCAUCAUCAUCAUCAUCAGCAGCAGCAACAACAACAGCAACAUUCACAGCAGAUAGUUAUGGGAGAGAUAAUAGAUUACAAGGAUGCAUCCAUAAUCAAUUCGGGAGGUGGUGCUCUAAGAGGAGAUAAUCAUCACAACUAUGCGGCUGCCAAUGCAAUUGUAGUCAGUGAAAGUGGUGAAUAUCAGCAUAUUUAUCAGCAGAGAAUGAUCCAGCAGCCGCCUGUCGCACCUAGUGGAUCAGGUGAAUAUACCCCGGGGCGGCAGCCUGAACUGCCCACGUUGAUUAAGAAUGAAACCUUGUAACGUUAGUCUCCUAGUUGAUUUCGUAGGUAUUCCUAGAAGUAGAUAUUUCUAGCAUUAUUGCGGUCAAACGUGUCAAUUGUUUAUAUUACGACAAAGAGUUUUAUUUCGAGCACAUUUUGUUUUCGCUCAGACACAGGUUUAAUACUGAAAUGGCGAUUUGUCCGAAGAAAAGUUUGAUAUAGUUUUAGAGCAGAAUUAGAUGUACAACACUACAUUUGUACAAAAACAGAAAAGGUUUAAUUUAUGGCAUUUUCCUUUUGUUAGGAAUGAUAAGAUUUAAAAAAGUGUAAAACCAACAGUAGAGUAAUUGAAGCCAGUGAGCAACAUGGAGAUACCUAUGUUUAGUUCUGAAGGGUUUGUGCCCGAACACCGUGCGUUACUUAUAAAGCAGAGUUUUAACAUGUGUUGCAGGUUUUACCUCUUUCGCCCUGUAAAUAGUGCUACUCUAUAUAUUAUUUAGGACUCUCGAACCAAUCAGAAAUAGAUAGGAUUGAGUACAGGAGUAAUUGUUGAAUGCGUUUUAAUAAUGGCAGGCUAAAGAAACAGCAAAUUGAUAUCUCUUAUUUUUGUUAAACAUGGAACGAUAAUAUGAUCAAUAAAAGGAAGAGUUAAAGCAACAAUCUGUAAAUAGCUAUCAAUUUUCUUCGGGAUUGCCAGGAUUUUCACGGGUUCACAGAUACAUUGUUUGCGGCCAUAUUGUUUUCCGUGUUAAAUCUAAACUGAAGGCAAUUUCCCCUAUUACAAAUAAUCAUGCGCUUAAGUUUAAUUAAAUGAAAAAAAAAUUCAAAUCAGCACGCAAUGUUGUGUUGCGUCUAUUUCAUUUUCUUCGAACUAAGCUCACUAGGUUAGGUGAAGUAGUACACAUUCUUGUGAAGAAAUGCAAUCGACCCGUUUUGGAAAGUACUUUUAGUUUUGUGAGUCACUAAUGUCAUUCAUAAUAGUCUAGUAUAACAUUUUAUUUAAGCCGAUAAUUUGUAAAAAUAAACUUCAUAUACCAUACAGCUUAUAAAGCUUACGGUUGGCAGUAACAAGCAUCCACUUUUUAUGGAAUAUGGUGCGGUCCACGGGGAGGUAACAAAAGUGAAGUUGAAUCAGACCGAAUCAGUGUAAAUUCCUAGAACCGCAACGCAACAGAUUCCGAAGGAUAAUAAAUCUGUACAUUUUAAAUGGAAAUGCUUAUCGAUAUGUAAACGCGAGAAGAAUAGAUUUGUGGAUAAUAAAUAUUUUAAUAAUGAUA